CAGGUGGCGACAUUCACGUGCAGGGAGGGACGGGGAGGCGGAAAGAGCCAGGAGGAAAAGUCCGGUCCGGUCCACUGUGGUCCGCCAGCUGGUUUCUGUUUGUUUCUGUCACCUGAGCCGACCCUUUUGUCGUGGAUCCAAUCUUAGGUUCGGUCUCGUUCUGGUGGAGAAGGUGCGAGCCGGAAACGCAGACCAAACAGCGGGUUCAGCGGCUCACCUGCAGCCCGUCUUAUAGGUGAUGGAUGCAGAGAGUGGCGACUCGAUUCCAGGAGACAAGGCGUCGGGCAGUUGGCUGUUCCACACUCCGUUCCCCUGCUCCAAAGACUCUUACACUGGACCAGAGGAACCCCUGCAGGACCGGGUGGUAGACCCUGAACCGUCCACAUUAAGCGACAGCGAAUCAGAAGAUGUCCUCCAUGGUGUCGAUCCAAACGAGGUGUUCUCCAGUGCCUCACCUGUGGACCUGUCAUCAGAGAGCAAUGUCUCCAUGGAGGACAUCCUUAAAAGUCCCAUCCCGGUGGUGAUGGCUGUUACCACGGCAACCAGCCAGCAAGCCCCUGCAACUGUCUUCCAGGUGGUUUAUGACAUCAGCAGUGUGGGUGGAACCACGUUUGGACCAAAUCAAGAGAACAUAAUCUCCAUUGAACUGGCAGAUGAAUGGAGGUCUCGGCUGUUGUUUUCUGAUUCGUGCAUCGUUAAUGAGGUGCCAGCAACAUCAUCAUCCUGUCAGGGCAGCAGCAGAAGCCCCACCCCCCUUUUUGACAGAGACCAGGAGCAGUUGUACUCAGAGCUGCAGCUGACAGAGGAGGAGCAGAAGCUUCUGACGGAGGAGGGAGUCCAUCUGCCCAGCAACCUGCCUCUAACCAAGGCUGAAGAGCGAAUCUUGAAAAAGGUCCGUAGGAAGAUCCGGAACAAGCAGUCGGCUCAGGACAGCCGGAGGAGGAAGAAGGAGUACAUCGACGGGCUAGAGAGCAGGGCGGCGGCGUGUUCUGCUCAGAACCAACAGCUGCAGCGGACUGUAGAACACCUGGAGAAACGCAACAGGUCUCUGCUGGUCCAGCUGCAGCAGCUUCAGGCUCUCAUCAGGCAGACGGUCAGUAAAGGAGUCCAGACCAGCACCUGCCUCCUGAUCGUGCUGGUCUCACUCGGUCUCAUCAUCCUGCCCAGUUUCAGCCCGUUCAGCCGUCAAUCAUCUGAUGAUGACUACAGACCAAUUGGAGUAAUUUCUAGAAACAUCCUGACCGACACAUCGUUCUCCAACCUGACAGCAGAUGUCGGCGCCGGUUCGACUUCCCGCUCCGAAGCUUUGUCAGCGCUGUCCGAGCUCAACCAAUCAGAACCUCCAGGUGUUCCCCAGGACCAAGUAGGAGCUUCUGGUGGCACGGCCUCCAACAGGAGCCAAUCAGGGAACCUUCCUACAGUUACUGGGAAGAUCGAUGACUUGAUGAAACCGGCACACGCUGAUGAGAUGUAGAAAAGGAACCACCUGAACCGGACCGGUACUGCUGCAGCCAAGGCGGGCUCUGAGGAAGAAGGUUCUGGUUCUCAUAAUGAAACCAGAACAUCACUAAAGUGGGGAGCAAGGGUCUGCAGCCUGUGGCUCUGGAGCCACCAGGCUCUGAAUACCUUUAGCCAGUUUAAGCAGCUUUGCUGCUUAAUGUCAUUAUAAAUGUGUUGAAUAAAAGUACCGGUAAUACUUUUA